AUGUCGCAGGGCGCGGUCCACUCCUUUGCCGCGGAAUCGGAGCGCGAGGCGCAGCAGUGGGCCGACGCUCUGCUUCGCGCGCGGGCCAAGCUGCAGGCGACCGCCGCGCCGUCGCCCCUCUCCAUGACGUCAUCACAAUCCGGCACGGCGCCCCUCGGCCUCGACUCGUCGGGCCACCUGAUGGUGCCCCCGUCGCGCAUGGGCGGCAGCGGGUCGCCCGUGCACGGCUUCGGGCGCAUCAUGAGCAGUGAUGGCAUGAGCCAGCUGUCGUCAUCGCAGGCCUCGUGGUCCGGCAACUCCUCCUCCACCGACUCUCGACACAGCCCGGCCACAGGCGUGGCGCUGGUUGCGGGCGAGCAGAUGAUGUACAGCACGGGGGCGAGUGGCGAGGACGUGCUCUUCACGUACCACUCAUCGCGUAGUUGCCAGGAGGCCAUACUGAAGGCCACCAACUACCGACUCAUCCUUGUCACCAAGGCAAAAAGAAAGAGCGUGAGCGUGCCGCUGGCGCUGGUGAUGAGGGUUACGCUGGCGCGACACGAAGAGCGGAAUCUGCAGGGCCUGGCCCUCACGUGCAAGGACUUCCGCACCAUCACGCUCUAUUUCAUCCAUCCCGAGCACCAACUUAACCUCUCCGCGCUCCUCAAGCAAAACCUAUUUCCGGCCCACAUCUUUGAUCUCUUUGCCUACAAGAACAAGGAGCAGUUUGGCGCCUACCAGACCAACCUGUCGGGCUUCAGCCUGUACGACCCGGAGAAGGAGUUCGCGCGGCUUCAGCUGUCGGCCGACGAGUGGCGCAUCACCAACAGCAACUACGAUUUCCGGUUCCCGCGAUUCCCCAACCAGUUCAUUGUGCCCGAGAAGAUGAGCGACGACGCUAUCAACACCAUGUGGAAGUCGCCGUUGAAGUGGCGGCGAUGGACCCUCGCGCUGUGUUGGCGCAGCGCACAGACCAAGGCGUGCCUGCUGCGCUCGGCCAAGGUGCUCGUGGCGGAGGAGGCCCGAGGUGUGACCGCCGACUUUGACGCCGACCGAGCGCCCAAGCAGAGCAAGGACGCGCGCAAGCACCGCAGCAUGCUGCAGCAGCUCCUGCUGCUCCACGAAGACUCGCGUGCCGUGCACGUGUUCAUCACCAGCAUCGGCGCCAAGAAGAAGUCGCGGUCGGAUACCGCCGCGUCGCUGUCCUUCAUCAAGGGAGGACCAAGCAAGGCCAAGCGUAUAGACUCGGGGCCAGAUAUUCAAGUACAAGACGCACCUGUUGCAGCCGGCCGAGGUGGAGGACAGUCUGGUCAAGCUCAACGGCCUGAUCGCGUCCUUUGA